GGUUCCGAUAAUGCUGCAUCCAAUCCUAACGCUUCAAAUAAUGUUUUUGGAGCUACUCUUAAAUUUGGAUCGUUAUCUAACCAGUCUCAAACAACCUCACUUUUUGGAAAUGUUGCUGGCAAAACGAGUAGUUCUAUAUUCGGGGGUGGUUCGACAGUAUCUUCUUCUGGCGGUGGUAUUUUCAGUCAAAGCCAAAAAUCCUGUGCAGCUUCACCGUCUACAUUUUCAUUUAGUUCAGGUUUAGCAAAUCCAAGCGAUUCCUCCAGUGUUUUUCAAGCAAAAUUAACAACUAGUGGAGCUACAUUUGGUGGUGCACCAACAUUUGGUUCAAAACCGGUAUUUGGAUCUCCGUCACCACUCACAUCCGGAUUUGGACAACAACGUCCACAACAAGCUACUUCCACUGGAUUCUCUUCCUUUGCUAAAACAAGUUCGAUUGGAUUUGGUUCUAUUGCUGCAGGUCAACAACAACAGCAACAACAGCAACAACAGCAACAGUCCUCCAGUACUGUAUUUGGUGGAGGAGGAUUCGGCGCAUUGGCACAGCAACCCCAGAAAAGCUCAAUUUUUGGUGGUGGCUUGAAUCCGCCUACGUCUACUAGGUUUUAA